AUGCCUCGAACAAGAAACUUGGAACAAGUUUUGAGAGCCACCAAGGAUCUGUUAAAGAAGAGGAGAGCACUGAGGCCGGAUUCGGCUGCGUCACAUCUCGAACGAUUGGUAGCCGCAGUUGCAGAACAGCUUGGCAAGAACUGCGAAAGUACAGACAGUCGAAACUUUUGGAAAAAACACAAGGAAGAGGAAGUGGAAGAUAAUACCGCCGGGACCUCUCGACUGCGUAAACCGCUGACAACAUUACUAGACAAAGACGGGACUCGCACAUUUUCCCGACAAAACAUUACUAGACGAAGAUGGGACUCGCACAUUUUCCCGACAAAAGAUGGAUUCGAUUACGAAGAGAUCCCACACCAAUUUCUUCCGCUCGUCAACACCUGCGUCAAACCCCGUUAUCCCCACUGGAGAAAUACCACCAUACGGAUUCUAUCUGCUGAAGUACGCACCGCGCACCUAGUGGUGGUGUUUCUUUCGGCCAACCUCUUACAAGGUGGAGGGCAUCGCCUACACGAGUCACUUGUAGAACAUAUAACUACUAAGUGCACAAGCUACCAACGCACUCAACAUCUCGUUGGAAUUCGCAGUUCAGAUAUGAGGACAAUGUCUCGUCUUCGCCAUCCAGCGGAAUACGUCUCCAAAGCAAAUCGUCUACGGGCUGGUCAUAUAAUGAGAAGGACAGAGGACAAUUUGGCACCAAGAAACUUGGAAUGGAUUCCUUGCGAAGCAAAACGUACUCGAGAGAGGCAACCGAGCUAA